UUUGCAGCUACUAUGCCAGAAAGUCUUUUGACUUCUGUUACUAGCAAACGCUCGCAACACUCGUUCCAAGUCCAGCGUACUAAACAGGCCGUUUUUUGGUAGCCACCUUCUACAAUUCUCCGUCAUAACUUUUAAACUUUUCGGGUUACCCGAUUGACUCUACUCCGAUUGGUGUGCGGGGCAUACACACACGUUCCGACGCGUUUGCCUCCUGUUGCUGACUCGGUCGGUCGGCCUCUCGUGUCGUUAUUUCGGUGUGUAUUAUUGCGCGCUGCUGUGUUGAGUAUAGAGCUCGACUCAUCGUCUUCAUCUUUGUACAACCGGGGGUCUCCCGUGCGCUCUGAGCUGUGCUGCUACGCUACCCUUGCCUUCAAGUGCGGAAGAUCAAUUUAGUCAUAAUAGCGAUACGCACAGAAGCGUUCGGAAGUUAUAUUACAUCUGAGAUAUUAUUAACUCUCACACUUUUUUCGACUGUGCUGGAGUUCAGAGCGUCAUCCCGCGCAGGAGUUCUUGCAGGAUUUGCUGAUAGUUAAUAUCAUUGGUUUUACCGCUGCAUCCUACUGUUUUUCGUGCGAUCGAGGCAGUUGUCCUGAAAGCAAUAGAGUGAAUAUAAAUGAAUUAUGUUGAGCUAGAAAGUGACUCCAGCGAUACUAGUGUACCGAAGAGAAUAAAUUGUGGUAAAAAGUGUUCAAAAAAGUAGCUGACGGCACUGUAAUCCAACUAGAGGAAAUUGUACUGAUUGUCGAGCGGAGCACAGAUCAUCACUGCACGAAACUGCGGUUUUAAAAGUGAUUUUUGGCACAGUUUUAUACAUCAGCCUGCUGGGUGUUGGUCGAGUCCGAAUUUGAAGGAACGUUUUCGGUGGUGACUAAUACGAAGUAAGCAGACAACAGAAUCACUCAUUUUCACACAAAAUAAAACUAAACGACCAACAAAACACAUAACAUAAAUUGAGGUUGAAAAAAAUUAAAACAACAAUCACCACCACCACGACAGCCACCAUCAACACCCACACCAACAAAAGUAUAAACAAACAAACAAAACAUUCAAAAUGUUCGCGGUGAUGCGAAUUGACAAUGACGACCGUAGGUCCGACUUCCGUCGCAAGAUGCGGCCAAAGUGCGAGUUCGUGUGCAAAUACUGCCAGCGCCGGUUCACCAAACCGUACAACCUGAUGAUCCACGAGCGCACCCACAAGAGCCCGGAAGUGACGUUCUCGUGCGAGGUGUGCGGCAAGUACUUCAAACGGCAGGAUAACCUCCGCUCCCACAGAUGCAGCCAGUGUAUUUGGCGAUCGAUCCAUACAUAUGGAAUGAACGGUAACAACAACAACCGAGCAUAUUGAGCACGACUCAGCAAAAUUCUUUGUCACUGUUUAAUUAUUAUUUAAAACCUAAAGCAUAACAUAUAUGAAAUAUAAUAAACGAUAAGCAAAUCCUAAUCAAGCGAAGCAAGCGAGUAUCGAAAAAAAACGAAUCGAGAAAAAAGAAACGUACGUAGAAUAGCGAUUGCAUUCCGAGCACCAGCGAAAAGAGCGACUGGACAGCACAAGCGAGUGUGCGAGGAUGCAGGCAGCUAACAAAAGUGUACAUUUGCGUAAUGUGUUAAGCAAGCGAAGGAGCCAAUCUUUAAAGUUUAACUUUGAAGAUCAAUAAUCAAAAGUGGAUACUACUACUACUAUUAUACUAUUACUUAAAGGAAUGUACAUAGCUUUGCGAAUGAAAAUGCUUUAAACUUUGUUUUAUUGGCUUGUUUCUAUCGUCAUUAAUAACAACAGAAGAACGUUUUGAUGGGAGCUCUUUAAUGCGAAAGUAAAACGUAGGCGUAAGUUCUAGUUUUUAGUUAAGGUCAAUUAUUCUUUCCGAUCAACGCUCUAGCAUGUACGACUAAUUUAUAUUUGAACAAUUAACCUUAUGUCAUCUUUUGUCGUAACUGUAGGUGAUCUAUACAUAUAUUUAAAUGAAAAUGAAAAGUAUCCCAGUUGAAUUGUAAUUAUUAGAAAUAUAAUAUAACAAAUGUGACGAUUUUUUAUAUCUGGUGAUUUUUACUUCGAUUUUACUUUGUUUGAAAUCCCUGUUCUCUCGUUUGUGAAAGUCAAAUUUUCUGGAUGAAAAUGGAAAAAAUAUCCGUUAUCAAACGUGCGCAUAUUUCAUAAAAGUACAAUAAAAUUCCGUUGACAACUCACAUAACGAAGAAAUUCCUGUCAUCGACGUUCCAAAUCGAUUAAUUUAGUAGUUAAACAGAAAGGUCGAAUAAGUAAAAACUUGUCCACCUUUUCGGCAUCUAAUAGCACACUCACGGACUUUGUUUGAGUGCGAAUCUCCCGGGACCCUAUCGCGCUACCGGUUUCGUUUUGUACCGUCACCGAUUGUCCUCUUGGGAACUAUUUAGACUUUUCCAUAACCUCUACUGCGCCCUUUUCAGCACUUGAGUCAAACAAGCAUAGAAUAGAUUCUAGUCUGCCUUUGAAUAUGAAAACGAAUACACACAAAAAUGAAAAGAAAAACAAUCUACUUUUCGACCAAAUAAAAAAAAUGAAAAAAUAAAAAAUAUUUUUCACUGAGUCACCGCUUACAUUGAACAUCUUCCAGAAAACGGUUGAUUGUUUCGAUAGUCUUCUUUGUUCGCACUAUCCUGUGUUGUGUUCGAUAUGAACUGUCACUUGCAUGUAGUAGGUAUGGUUUCCCACGAUCUACAUGCUCCGUGUACCUACCACAAAUUCGUAAUUCGUAAGAUUUUAUUUUUUGAUUGUAGAAGCACACGUAUUUAUUUCUACACUUUAGCUGCCAAUCUUGCCUUUGUUAGUAAACUGAUUAAUGUUAAAGUCAGGCCUAGUAGUUGGCAGGGAAACUGAACGAUUCAAGUAAUCAUUAUAUCAUGUAUUGCAUAUACAACAAUGUUAAUGGUUUUCUUCGCCGAGUGAAGCAAGAAAAGGUGAAAUAAA